AAAUAGACAGUCAGUCCUAACGUCGGGCGUGAAGUGUCUCUUAAGCUGUGAAAGAAUGAGGAUGAGCUUUGGGUUAACAUUCAGGACGGCGAAAGGCCGCUGGAUGGCGAACCUCAGCCGGCAGAGCUCAGGUGGAUCAAUUGGAUUAUUUGUGCCACCGAGUCCUCCUCUGGACCCUGAGAAGGUCAAAGAGUUACAGCGCUUCAUCACCCUUUCCAGGAGACUCCUAGUGAUGACCGGGGCGGGAGUCUCCACCGAGUCGGGGAUCCCAGACUACAGGUCAGAAAAGGUGGGGCUGUACGCCCGCACGAACCGGAAGCCCAUCCAGCAUGGGGAUUUUGUGCGGAGUGCUCCAGUCCGCCAGCGGUACUGGGCGAGAAACUUUGUGGGCUGGCCUUGGUUCUCCUCCCACCAGCCCAACCCUGCACACUGGGCUUUGAGCAACUGGGAGAGACUGGGAAAGCUGUACUGGUUGGUGACCCAAAAUGUGGAUGCCUUGCACACCAAGGCGGGGAGUCGGCGCCUGACAGAACUCCACGGAUGCAUGCACAGGGUCCUCUGCUUGGACUGUGGUGAGCAGACGCCCCGCACGGCGCUGCAGGAGCGUUUUGAAGUCCUGAACCCCACCUGGAGUGCCGAGGCCCACGGCCUGGCUCCCGACGGGGAUGUCUUCCUCACCGACGAGCAGGUACAGAGCUUCCAGGUCCCGUGCUGCUCUCGCUGUGGAGGCCCCCUGAAACCAGACGUCGUCUUCUUCGGGGGCACGGUGAACCCUGACAAGGUUGAUUUUGUGCACAAGCGUGUAAAAGAAGCCGACUCCCUCCUGGUGGUGGGAUCCUCCUUGCAGGUAACUUGGGGAGGGGGAGUGGGGAAAUGCCCGUUUGGGGAGCCCUGGAGAGCCUCCCCAUUUGCUUUCUCUCUUCCUGUGCCUAGAGAGUUCUUACCGGCGCCUUCCUCUCGGACAGGUGUACUCUGGUUACAGGUUUAUCCUCACUGCCUGGGAGAAGAAGCUACCGAUCGCAAUCCUGAACAUCGGGCCCACGCGGUCGGAUGACUUGGCGUGUUUGAAACUGGAUUCUCCAUGCGGAGAGUUGCUGCCUUUAAUAGACCCGCACUGACCACAGCCGGAUAUUCUCGAGCAAGAACCUGGGAUGUUCCCUUGAAUUCCGCUGCUAAUGGUAAAAUGCCUUCUCAGGUAUCAGACUCCAGUUCCCACUCAACUGGGAGCACCGACGAGAGAGGUUCUAGGCUUCUUAACAUAUGGGCAUUCUUAAUCAAAACUAAUUUUUUAAUGUACAUUAAGUUAUAUUGUUCGAAAGACUGUGAUUUUCCAGAUUCUAGGCACAUAGCUAUUUAAGACAAUGUUCCAAAAUCUGCCAUUGUCUUUUUUUCCCCAUUUUUAAAAAAACAGCUUUAUUGAGAGAUAAUUCACAGACCAUAAAGUUCAUCCUUUAAAAGCAUACAAUCAACAUGUUUUAGUACACUCAGGAAGGCACAGGUUAAUCACCACUGUCUAAUUCCACAACGUUUUCAUCAUCCCAAGAAGAAACCUUGGACCCAUUAGCAAUUCCCCAUUCCCCACUCCCCUAGUCCCAGGCAACAACUAAUCUUUCUGUUUUUGCCUAUUCUGGACAUUUCAUACAAUAUAUAGCCUUUUAUGUCUGGCUUCUCCACUUAGCAUAAUGUUUUCCAGGUUCAUCCAUAGUGUAGCAUGUCAGUACUUUGUAUCUGUUUUAACCUAUGAAUACAACUACUUUAAAAAAAAAUAACAGCUUUGAGAUAUAGUUCACAUAUCAUAUAGUUCACUCACUUAUUACGUACAAUUCAACAGUCUUUAAUAUAUUCCCAGAGGCGUACAGCCACUUUUUUUAAAUUAGACUUUAUUUUUUUAGAGCAGUCUGAGGUUCACAGCAGAACUGUGAGCAGAAAGUGCAGAGAAUUCCCAAAUACAGUUGCUGCAUACACUCACUCAGUAUUUAUCAUUUAUCUACUAAAGGACAUCGUGGUUGCUUCCAACUUUUUGGCAGUUACGAAUAAAGCCGCUAUAAACAUCCAUGUGUAGGUUUUUGUGUGGAUGUAAGUUUUCAACUCAUCUGGGUCAGUAUCAAGGAGUGAGACUGCUGGAUCAUAUGUCUAAAGUAUGUUUAGUUUUGUAAGAAACAGCCAAAGUGCCUUCCAAAGUGGCUGUACCAUUCUGCAUUCCCACCAGCAAUGAAUGAGAGUUCCCAGAAAACCACUGUUUGAAAACCAUUUUAACUGAAGUACACUAUACAUACAGAGAAUUGCUCGUAUCAUGAGUGGACAACUUCUAGAUCAAGGAACAGAAUGUGGCCAGCCCCCAAGAAGUCCCCUUGGUACAAUCACUUUUUAUGUAGCUUCUUAUUACUAGAAUAAUACAUAUUUAUUGUAGAGAGUUUAGAUGAUACAGAUAAGAAGGAUUUGAAUACAAAUUACCCAUGAUCCCACCACUGAGAUAACCAAAAUUUAAUAUUCUGGUAUAACUAAAUCUGUUCUUACAAAAGUUGAAUCAGGGUUGGGGUACAGCUCAGUGGUAGAGCGCACGCUUAGCAUGCAUAAGAUGCUGGGUACAUUCCCCAUGACCUCCAUUCAAACAAAAAAACCCCCCACAAAAGUAGAAUCAAGCUGUGUUUUAUUACAUCCUGUAAUAACAAUACAUAAUGGCCACCUUUACGUAUCCUAAAAGCAGUGGUUUUUUAAUUGGUAGGCUGACAUAGGCAAUCAUUCCCCUAUCCCACUGUCAGCUUAUUUUGGCAUUAAUUUGUUUUAUUUCUUUUCAGAUCGCUAAGGAUUCAUCCCUGCCUCCUCUAACUGAUCCAGGCUCACCGAGUGUAGCCCGCAGAAGGCAGCGAACUCUGCCAGCCCAUCUCUGAACCCGGCAGGCUCAGAGCUAAGGAGUUAAGAUCUUUAGGCUGAUAAGAUUUGCUGCUCCCUCCCCAGGAAGGACUUUUUCAAAGCUGCAGCUUUUCUUGAUAGGAAAACUGCUUUCACUCCCUUUUUUAACUCACCAGGCAGAAGAAAUAGCACGGGAUAUAUGUAGGCCAGAAUGCUGUCUGGAGUGCUAACCUAGGGAUCUCAGUAAUGGGGAGUGGGGAGGGGAGGGGAGAAGGCGGGUGGCUGGGAAGUGAGGGAAGGAAAUGACUUCAUUUAUAAUUUCGAAUGGUUAAAUGUCUUUAACUGAACUACUUCGAUAUAUUUUUUGAAAAGAUGAGCAAUGGUAUGAAUGAAUUUUUUUUUAAUUAACCAAGGAAUAAAGGAAUCUUUUUUUAAAAUAGCA